AUGGAAUUGAGUUACUUUCUCUCUCCCUCCCUCUCUCUCUUCAGGUUGUUUGAUAACUCUAAUGAAGGUUUUAGGAACUGGGAGUUCAUGACUGUUCACUGCUGGGGGGAGAGGGCAGAGGGCCAGUGGAUCCUGGAGAUCAUAGACUCUCCCUCAUCGCUACGCAACCCAGAGGUGCUGGGUAAACUGAAAGAGUGGACGCUGGUCCUUUAUGGCACCUCGGGGCACCCGUACCAGUCUCACGGGGCCCAGCACUCUCGCUCCAGGAUGCUUGAGAUCCCAAGCCCCAGCCGGGACCCCAACGAGCCCGAACCGCCCCCGGAGGGCCUUAAGCACCAGGAGGAGGAAGAGGAGGAGUACAGCGGGCCGUGCCACAGUGAGUGUGGGGACCAGGGCUGUGACGGGCCAGAUCCUGACCACUGUCUGAACUGUAUCCACUACAGCCUGGGCAGCCUCAAGACAGGCAGGACGUGUGUGAGCCACUGUCCGCUGGGCUUCUACGAUAACUUGGAGGCCAGGAGGUGUCGACGCUGUCACAAGGGCUGUGAGAGGUGUGUGGGACGCACCCCCACCGAGUGUCGCUCCUGUCGCAGGGGGCUCUACUUCAACCCCCUCAACGCUACCUGCUCUGAGACCUGCCCUGCUGGGUACUUCGCUGACGACAUUCAGAGGAAGUGUCUGAGGUGUCAUGAGAACUGUAUGAAGUGUCUGCGGGACUCAGACAGGUGUACUGCCUGUAACGACGGCUACAGGUAAACUACAUGUAAUCUCUU